UGAUGAGAUCCACAACCAGAAGAUCAGAAUAAGUGAUAACUAGUCAAUAUGUAACUCCUUAAGGGAUUUGUGAUCCAGAAUAAGCUAAAGCUAUAGCAAAGAAACUCUUUGAUUUAUAUGAUAGAGAUAGAAAUGGUAUAAUUGAUGGUCAAGAAGGUAAGAUAGAGAAAACUUAAAGUAGUUUCACCAAUGUUAGUUGAUGCUUAUAGAGGAAUGAGUAAGGCCUUUAAUCCAACACAAGUAAAAUAUAAUAUUGAGAACAGGCAGAUGUAGAUACAUUCGUCUAAGUUUUGGAUGUCAAUAGAGAUGGCAAGAUCACAUAUUAGGAUGUAGAGAAUUAUGCUUUGCGCAUACUAGUUCAAAAUAUAUUAAUUUAUUUAGGCUGGUAUCUAACCAUUACCUUCUUACAGUAUCCAAUUACCACCUUAGAGAUAAUAUAAUAGAAUGGUUGAAGAGAGAUUGGAAGUAGCUAGAAGAUUAUUUAAGAAAUUUGAUGUCACUUAAUGUGGAUUCUUGACAAGAAAUGAAGUAUUUAAAAUAAAGACAUCGUUAGGUUCCAGGAUUAUUGAGAGAAACCUAUAAGUAAUUGAAUAUUGAAUUUGAACCAACACCAUAAGAUGUUUAAGCUUGGAUGGAUAUGACAGAUACAGAUUGUGAUGGCAAAGUUGCUUUAUAGGAUUUCGAGUAAUCAAUUAUUAGGUCUUUGUAAGAAUAGGGUAUAUCCCUUUAUUGAAU